AUUCAAGUAUUACUUCUCAAAACUUGAAGCAGUAAAUGAAGCUGUGAAAUGAUGUAUAUCCCAUCUUCAUGCGUUGGUUUUUCACAAAGUUAUAGCGUUUCUAGAAUCACUUAAAAACUUCGACUUCGUGUUUCAUUUCCAUAUUUUUUGUCGAGUGUAGAAUCAACGACAUGAUAUUGCAUACUAGGAAUAAGAUUUAGAGGCUUAGUUUCAUUUAAAAAUUAUUAUUGAAGUAUUAUUUGAAUCCUAUUAACACUUUUUCCAAGUUACACCGACUAUUACCGUAAUGGGUAUACUUAUUACGAAACUUCAGGAACAAUAUUACCAUAAUAGGUACAUGGAAGUGGCAUUUUCAAACAUGUUUUUUGUAAAAUUUAGUCAAUUAAUCAUCGAAACAUCAGUGACAAACUUCAAAAACAGAGCUCAAACUGCUAGAAAAAGUAUACUUUUGUAUACUUUUGAACUAAUAGUGUAUUAAUUCGCCAAGUUCUGCAAGUUGGUGACAUAUGUCCUUCAUAAUUGGUACACUUACCCUAACUGUUCAGGUUGAAUACCAUACACGGGUGGCAGUACAAGUUGGAAAAUUUUCUAACAUUGGGUUAGAAAAUCACGAUUAAUUUGAUUAAUUUGGUCCCAUCACGAUUAAUUUGAUAAGCGCCGAUUACGCUUUUAGCCGCUCCCAGCCAUCAGAACUAUCCAAUGAAGGAAACAGUCCACCAUAACAAUGGUGUUGCCGAGUGGCAAAACACAGAAACUGCAACGAUGUUGAAUGACUGAGAUAUCACUCCCACGUAUACUUCAACCAGCAGGGAAUAACCGCCUGUCAGCUAAGAUUAAAAGUCUGCACCUUUCUUCACCUAUCCAUAAUUCAAACAAACUUCCCAACUAUGUUUGAAAUGUGUGUGCUCCGGAGUCCGGAAAAAAAAGUGCGAGGUCCAUACGUGGGCGAAAAGCUUUUCACCGAUUUGUUUUUGUUUAAACCGAGCAGAGGCUAAUCUUGUUAGUGUUAGCUUAAGGAUGCAAUGGAACACGUUCACGUUUGCCCAGUUCCGUCCGCACUCGUUGGCUUUUGUCCAGGUUUACGACGGGCUUUUCUCCCCAGCAGAAGAAGCACCAUUGCCUGGCAGCUUUAGGUUGGCCAUUUUGGUGCCGCUUUUUUUUGUUCUUGGCUUUUUGUAUAUCAAAGUUAAGCGCGUGACGAAUGAGAAACUACAUUUGCGUGACAGAGGAAAUGUAUCCUCGGAGACAUGUAGGACUUACUGCGCUUUCGGGGCUCGAUUUCAUCUGCCAAGCUGACGGAAUGAACAUGCUGCAGGGCCCUUUUGCAUUUCAGAUAAAAGAAUGUAACAAUAACAAUAAUUGUCUUUGAGCGUGUGCUAACAUUGAAAAAAAAAACAAUACAUUUCUGCGUGUCGUACGUGUUUCCCAGGAAAUAUUGAUGAUCGAAUUUGGUCAUCGAUCGGCCGUCACACGAUUUGCCGUUUCCAUAACUGUCCGCGUUCAUUUCAGCAGGUAAUGGCAAUCGUUAGACGCGAAAUGGAAGCAACAAAUUGGUCACGCUUCGCCCUUGCCUGUCCCGUUUCCUCGUUUUGUCCGAGCGUUAGCAUGCAAACAAUGGGGAAAUGGAAAUGAAAUCACUACUAGUGUACACUAUUCGGAGAACUUGUGGAUUACAAGAGGGUUCAUCAGCAAACAGAGCGAUUUUUUUAACGUUUUCAACAUUUUUUUCCGUCCACUCAUUUAUUAUCCAUGAAUGUGCAAGCUUUUAGAUAUUUGAUAAUAGGUUAAACCAUACAUUCAAAAAUUAAUAUUCAAGCCACCCUGACUGCAACCGACAGUAAAAAUAGCAAUAAACCGAUUACGAAUAUAGCACAAAAAAGUAUAUACUCGACCACCCGAUUCUGAUGGAAUAAUUUAAUAAUAACAUACCGAAUCCGUCUUUUGCACGAACAGAAAACAUUGCUCAUAGUGGAGUUCCCACUCUCCAAUCGCGACCAGCGUAGAAGUGAAACAGUUCAAAUCGAACCGGGAAGCCCCGGUUCAGCCAUGUAGAUGCAACAAGUGUUGUCAAUCUAACGCCUUUUGGCGCCCUAAAUACCCGAUUAUAAUGUCGUCUGGUGAUUAUGUAGCCAACUUGAACACGUUGAAUAUGUUCGACAAGUCGGAUACAACAACAAAUGUGCCCUUUCUGUCGUCGACUUUUUUGUCAACCGAGCUGCUUUCCUUCGACACCCUCAAUGUAACGAGCUCCACUGUGGCUAUUGCAACACCUAGUCAGACCCCAACGUUAAUAACAACCGAAGAGUUCGUCGUCCUACCAGGGCCAGAGGACGUGCUGCUGUUCAACAGUACCAAUGGACUCUAUCAGCAAUCGGUAACGCUAACCGCCCGGAUGUAUCCGAUUGAGGCCACCGCGGCGAAGUCAAUCUGGGGCUUACCAACGCUGAUCUGGGGUAUCCUGAUCGGGACCAUUGUGAUAUUGAGUGUGAUACUAGCGACACUCUUCUUCUGCUGUUGGUUACAGCCGAGAACACGCAAACUGCUCAACGCGGGUUAUUACGUCGGGAGCGGUGUAUCCCACAGUUCGAUCGUGCCGAAAUCGCAAACCGGUGAGUCCAACCAGCUAGUAAUGCCCUUAUCCAUUGGAAUAUGCCCCCCACAGUAUAGUGCACCUCCUCCACCUACCGGAAGCAAGAAUAACAGCGGCAGCGGCACCAGCAGCAACAUUCAUCACAGCAACCAACAGAGCUGCCCUGCACCAUCAACCGGCAUCCCAUGUCAUCCCAGCGGUAGCGGUAGCAACACUGCUGCAUACAAAUACAGCAAUUCGCCCCAAUUUUCACACCAGCAGUAUCAACAGCAAAAACAGCAGUAUCAACAUCACCAUCAAUGCAUACACCAUCAACAGCAACAGCAGCAGCAACAACAACAACAGCAACAAUAUCAUGCGCACUAUACCCACAUCCAACAGCAUCAACAGCAGCAACAGGGUAGUCCGUAUGCACCAACACAACAUCAACAAACUCUUCAGCAGUACUACAAUCAGCAACAGCAACAGCAUCAACAGCAACAACAACAACAACAACUGCAACAUAUGCAACAACAUCAACACCAGAAACUGACACAUUAUGCGCAUCCCACUCAGCAACAGGCACUCCAGCACCAGCAGGAAAGAGAGCAGCACCAAACUCAACAGCAUCACUACCACCAACAGCAACAACAGCAACAGCAUCAUCAUCAUUACCAACAGCAGCAGCAGCAUCACCAGGGCCAACUGGUGCAUCACAAAUCCAUGUGGGCAAUCAAUCCGCUUUAUGCCUCCAGUGGGGUGAUAAAUGAUGGCACCAGCGGAGACGGCAGCGGCGAGAAUGACGACGAUGGAGGCAACACGUCCUACCGAACCCGAUCACUGCCAUCGUGGGGCAAAAACAAACAGCGGCCACUUUCGAACGCGGACGAUCUGGAAGAACUGUACGCGAAGGUUAAUUUCAGCAAGAAACGACGCAACCGCAUGCGGAACGACGAAGCGGCCAUUAUCGCCUUGUGCCGAUCACGUUCUCAGAAUCUUUCCUCACUUCCACUGGCCGACCAGGAUGCGGUAGUGAUCUACGACGAGCGAACGGCUCUUUAAAUUUUGGGCGAAACCCUUUCGGGUAACAAUCCUUAGAUAAUGUAAAUCGAAUGUGUAAACAAAACAAAAACAAACAUUUUCCUUUUGGUGUAGAAAAAGAAAAGUUUGAUCCGCGCUUCAAGUGACACAACAGACAUUUGUAAAUGAUAUUUAGUGUGCAUGUUGAUGGUUUAUCGAAAAAUUGGCUUAGCUGUCUCAGUGGGUACAACUUUUUACCAGUUCUGUACGAAUCAUAGGGAGAAAAAUCGUUUUAACAAGCUUUUUUCUACUUUCGAAACCAAUUGGAAUCUUCCGCGCUAGCAAAUUGAACACUAUGUAUUUACGUUUUCCCACGGAAUGCCACAAUUGGCCACCGAAACGAACAUCUCCUAGAAUCUGAAAUUUAGUCGUUAGUAGUUUGAAGAAGUUUCCAAAAAUGGAAUAUCAUAGAAUUGAGAGAAAGUGAAUGUUGUUAUUUAUAAAAGAAAUUGACAUAUUUCGACUACUGAAAAAUAACGUUUACAAAGACUGAUAGAUUUCCCCUUGUGAAGAAGAAAAAUAAUCACUAUCAUAAUAGAGAGAAAGACGAAACUAAAAUAAAGCCUAUUCACAUUUAGAAACCCGAGAACAGGAGCUAACGCAUAGAGAACAUUAAACAAUAUCAGAGAGACGAUAACUGUUUUUUACCAUACUUCCGGAACAACUGAACUUUUAAUACGCACCGUUCUUCCUCCGGUCACAGAGAGCUAUAUAACAUAUAGAAACGAAACAACUCAAAUAUAUCAUUUCCUGUAAAAAAAAAACACACACAUGCCGCUACAAAUCUAUGAGACGAACACAAACAAAUUCUACCAAUGAUUGCAGCUUGGGUACCUCAAACCCAGCGUAUUACGUGCAUAAACGUUUAGUCAAAUCUAAGUCAUUUAGUCUAGUUCUGUUAGUAGGGGAUCGGGAAAACGUAGUGAAAUUGGGAUACUUAGAACAAACAGGCGUAUAUCGUUGCUUUCAUUCGGCCAUAUUAAUUGUUAACGUAUAAUUAGACGGAAGAGUUGAAAAACAAAUAUUGAGAGAAGCUUGAUGAUGGGUUGAAAAAAUAUAAUCUAAGGCUUUUUUCUCAGUUCUUGGCAAGAUAAGUCACACAUUUGGAUUUUUUUUAUUUCGUUAAAAAGAUUAUUUGAAAAGCUUGUAUUCCUCGUUUGGAAUGUUUGAAAGUGACGAGAGAAAAUAGUAUUGUUUGUGGAUGAUAGAAAUAAAACAAUAAAAAUCAAGCGAAUUGAA